AAAGAAGUACUUUUGCUUAGAACUCAUUUUCACUUUUCUUCUUCUUGGCGUAAUCCGGUAGACAAGAUGGCGGGGAAUGUUUUGAAAAUUUUGUUUUCCUGUUUCACGAUGAAGUAUACGUUGUUUCUAAACGUAUUAAUCGUAUUUGUUGGAUUAAACAAUUCACAAACUACACAGCCUAAUAUUGUGCUGAUUUUGGCUGAUGAUUAUGGAUGGCAUGACAUUGGAUAUCACGGGUCGGAAAUCAAAACACCAAAUCUUGAUCUUCUUGCUGGCCAAGGUGUAAAACUGGAGAAUUACUAUGUACAACCCAUAUGUACACCUACUAGGAGUCAGUUGUUAUCAGGGAGAUAUCAGAUCCACACUGGUCUUCAGCAUGGCAUCAUCUGGGCUGGUACACCUAAUGCCUUACCAUCUGAGUUUAAAACAGUAGCAGAUAGGCUCCAAGAUGCUGGCUAUGCCACUCAUAUGGUUGGCAAAUGGCAUAUUGGGUUCUAUAAGAAACAGUACACUCCAAAUUACAGGGGAUUUGAUACAUUUUAUGGAUACCUUACAGGCAGUGAAGAUUACUACACCCAUUCUCGCUGUUAUCCAUUUGACAAUAAACUGGGUUGUGGAGUGGAUCUCCAUGACAACAUGAAGGUUGAUAAACAACAAAAAGGCAAAUAUUCAGCAUCUCUGUUUGCCUCCAGAGCUCAAAAGCUCAUUGAUAGCCAUAAUAAUUCAAAGCCUUUAUUUAUGUAUGUGCCAUUUCAAUCAGUGCAUGCACCCCUGGAGGUUCCUGCUAAAUAUGUGGACCAGUAUGCACACAUAAAGGACAAGAACAGAAGGACAUAUGCAGGUAUGGUGACAUGCAUGGACGAGGCUAUAGGAAACAUCACAGAUUCACUUAAACAGAAGGGGAUAUGGGACAAUACAAUCCUCAUAUUCUCAACAGAUAAUGGAGGUCAGAUACUUAGAGGGGGGAGCAACUACCCACUCAGAGGGUGGAAGGGUUCACUGUGGGAGGGAGGGGUGCAUGGAGUAGGAUUUGUACACAGUCCAUUCCUCAAGAAUAAAGGCACAGUGAGCAAGGAGCUGAUACAUGUGACUGACUGGUACCCUACCAUAGUGGGUCUAGCAGGAGGGAAGAUUCCAACUAACCUCUCUAUACCCUUAGAUGGUCAUGAUGUCUGGGCUACAAUCAGCAUGAACAAAUCAAGUCCUCGCAAAGAGCUGCUACAUAACAUAGACCCUCUGACGCAUCCAUCUGGGGAACCCAGGGUCAAUUCUACAUUUGAUACUCGUAAACGGGCAGCUCUAAGAAGUGGUCGCUGGAAAAUCAUCACAGGAGACCCAGGUAAUGGAAGUUGGAUCCCUGUGCCUAAAGCAACUACUUCUGGUAUAGAAACCAACUCAAUUUCACCUUACAUGGACACAGAAAUGGUUCCAGAGGAUGCUUACACAACAUAUGGGGACCCAAAGAAAAAUCUAUGGCUGUUUGAUAUUGAAAAUGAUCCCAAUGAGCAUCAUGAUUUAUCUGAUGAUCGACCUGAUAUUGUUGAUGCCUUAUUAAAGCGGCUAGCUGCAUAUGACGCAAGUGCAGUACCUUGUAGAUAUCCCAAAGAUGACCCAAAAGCUAAUCCUGAACUUCAUGGAGGGGCAUGGGUUCCCUGGGAAUAGAUACACUCUCCCAUAUAAUUGCUUAUACUACUCAAGAGCUUGAACUCUUAACAAAUUGAAAUAAACUCCAAACGACUUGUAAUUUGUUCAACUUGUUCAUCUUUUAUUUGAAUGUAUGAAACAGUGAAAUUAUCCAGCAGAGCCAAAUUACAAGCAUUUGGAGUUCUAUAGUUGUAUAGUCUUAAUGUGCCAAUGAUGUUACAUUCCAAUCUGUAAGAGAGAAAAUGCUGCUGUGUACAAACAUAUGAUUUGGAAGAGGUAAGAGGUGCAAUGUAAGCAUAAUCAUCCACAUCUGUAUUUUGUAUCUAAGACUAUUAUUUUUAGCAUUUUUGAGUGAAUCAAGUAUCAAAAUAAAGAAUGUUUCAACUCAGAAGUCAUAAGGUGAAAUAUACUAAAUCAAUUUCAAUGAAUAUGACCAAAUAAAGGACAAAGCGAAAGCCAAUAGUUACAGCACGUUCAGUCCAAAAACUGCAUUGAGAAUAGAUGGUGCUCAAUGUGGUUCAAGGCAGUUUGGGGAUUUGUGAGUGAAUAGCAUUUAAUGAGGAACAAAAACAAAGUAGACACUCUCAGUGAAAAGUUAUGGUUCAAUGAAAUAUUCUAAAUAUCUCAUGACUAUGCAUAAUAAUAGUUUAUUGUAUUUUUAUAUAGAUGUGUUUUAUUACUGUUGUACUACUUUUUGACAACACAAAAAUUAAGUAAGGUCUUCAUACUUUUAGACAUUAUGCGAUGAUAGAAUAUACGAUAUUCAUUACAUUCAAGGAGUAACAAUGUAGAUUUGAUAAAAUCAUAAUAAUAAUUGUUUUUCUAUAAAGUACAGUAUACCAAAUCAUUAUUUACUCAAAGUAGGGCUCUCAAAGAACGGUUUGAGUAUUAAUUUUUUUAUUUUUGAAGAUAUAUGAUAAUAUUUUAUAUCACCCACCAUACUACAAUUUUGUGACUGGUAAUUGGCAUUGGUGGUUGGUGUCUAUAACCUGUAACAAAUUGUUACACUUUUUGUAACCAUUUGCGAUAACUUACCAGGUGUUGAUAUUUUUGACAUAUUAUUGUCUUGUUAUUUCUAUGAAGUGUAAUUAUUCUAAUGAGUUAUGCAGAUUUCAAGCCAGUUUAAGCCUAUUGCUUCACUUGCAGAAGUCACAUUUGGCUUAAGCGAUUUUUCAUUAUUUGUUUAAUUUUGAUGUUAGAUUCAACUGGAUUGGCUUACUGUGUAGUUACUCUGAA